UCAGAAAGAGGGUGGCAGUAGUGCGUGGUGGUUUAGGACGGUUUCUGAGCGUUCGCCCGCCAGGUUUUGGUUUCCGUGAUGCCGAUGUACCAGGUGAAGCCCUAUCAUGGGGACGGCGCACCUCUGCGCGUAGAGCUUCCCACCUGCAUGUACCGGCUUCCCAACGUGCACGGCCGGACUGGCAGCCCCGCGACCGACACAGGCCACGUGCAGGACACCUGUGACCCAUCUCUGCAGACUCUUGAGUCCCGCCAGGAUGAUAUUUUAAAGCGUCUGUAUGAGCUGAAGGCAGCAGUGGAUGGCCUCUCCAAAAUGAUCCACACCCCAGAUGCAGACCUGGAUGUGACCAACACCCUGCAGGCAGACGAGCCUGCAGCUUUUACCACCAACUCACUGGAUCUGAACUCAGUGCUGGGAAAGGAUUUCGGGGCGCUGAAAGACAUCGUCAUCAAUGCGAACCCAGCUUCCCCACCCCUGUCCCUGCUCGUGCUGCACCGGCUGCUGUGCGAGCACUACAGGGUCCUGUCCACCGUGCACAUACACUCGUCAGUCAAGAGUGUGCCUGAGAACCUUCUCAAGUGCUUUGGGGAACAGACCAGAAAGCCAUCCCGUCAUGAGUACCAGCUGGGCUUCACUUUAAUUUGGAAGGAUGUGCCCAAGACUCAGAUGAAGUUCAGUGUCCAGACGAUGUGCCCCAUCGAAGGAGAAGGGAACAUUGCACGGUUCCUGUUCUCUCUGUUUGGCCAGAAGCACAGUGCUGUCAACUCAACCCUCAUAGACAGCUGGGUGGAUGUCGCAAUUUUUCAGCUGAAGGAGGGAAGCAGUAAAGAGAGAGCAGUCGUGUUCCGCUCCAUGAACUCUGCUCUGGGCAAGAGCCCGUGGCUGGUCGGGAACGAGCUCACCGUGGCCGAUGUGGUGCUGUGGUCCGUGCUGCAGCAGACAGCAGGCUGCGGGGCGGUGCCCGCCCAUGUGCAGCGGUGGCUGAGGUCGUGCGAGAACCUGGUCCCUUUCAGCACGGCGCUCAAGCUGCUCGAGUGAACGCUGCAGCUGGCUUUAAGACUGGUGCUAC